AUGACCUCAUCUACCAGUGCUGAGUUGAGCGUGCCGGAAUGGAUGACGAAAAAGUACUUUGUGGAUGCGAUUGCUGUGCAGUUGAGUCUCGAGCCAACCGAAUUUACAAUUACCGAUCUGGACGUUCGGCGUGCAACGGAGGCUGGUGAUAAUUAUGCGUCCAUUCUUUACCGUGUGGUGGUAUCGGUCCAUGUCCAUGAGCCCGGGAGCCAAACGAAUGUUUCGUUGAUAGUGAAAGCACUACCAAAACUUGGCGUGGCCGAUGCGAUGAUACAGUUGAUGAAUCUGUUCCCGAAAGAGACCGCCAUGUACACGGACAUAAUACCGGCGAUGGAAGAGUUGUAUCAUGUGCGUGGCCAAACGGAGGUGGCGUUUGGUCCACGGUGUCUCAUGCACAGCACCGAACCUACCGAGGUGAUUGUGCUGGAAGAUUUAAGCGAACGACAGUUUGCGAUGGUUAGUCGGCGGCAGGGAAUGGACAUGGCUCAUGUCCAACUGGUGCUACACCGAUUGGCACAGUUUCAUGCAGCGUCAGUUGUAAUGGCGCAGAAGCGUGGUCCGUUCGGAGCACUGUUCAAAGAGGGCAUGGUAUCGGAGAAGGGACGUGCGAUGACGGAACCGUUCCAUAAGGCACAGGCGGAGUUUUUCCAUAAGGUUUUGCACGGAUGGUCAGAAAAAGAAGGUUUCUAUGCUGAUCUUAUGAAACACUGGGGCAUGGAUAUGUUUGAUGCCCUCCUAAACAUCGCUAGCGCCGAUCCGACUAAAUUCAACGUACUCAAUCACGGUGACAUGUGGUGCAAUAACGUCCUGUUUCACUACAACGAAAACAGUGAGCUGAGCGAUGUCUUGCUGAUUGACUAUCAGCUCAGCUUCUGGUCCUCGCCGGCAAUGGAUCUGCUGUACUUUAUAUUCACCUCCGUAAAUGGUGAUUUGAAAAUUUCACAGAUGGACUACAUGAUCCAGUACUAUCAUGAAAAGCUUAUCGAUAGCCUGAACUUCCUCGAGUACGAUGGUAAUCUUCCACUGUUGAAAGACCUUCAUUCGGAUAUAAUAGAGCACCACCUGUUUGGGCUGAUGAUAAGCUUCUCCAUUCUGCCCGUUUGCUUGAUGGAAAAGUCGGACGAUGCAUCGAUGGACAUGAUGAUGGAUCAGGGUGACGCCGGCAUUGCGUUCAAGCUGCGAAUGUACAACAAUCCUGCGUACGUGAAACAAAUGAGCCAGAUUUUAGAAUUCUUCUACGACCGGGGAGUGUUUGAUCUGCGCCAGAUCGGUACCCAACGUACCGCACGGAUCGAUUUUGAUCCCUCACUCGAGCUACCGCUUUGGUUAGAUCGUGAGUUUAUUGAACACAUCGUAGAUUCCAAGUUCGGAGUUACCUCCACGGAGAAGCGCAUCGUACGUAGUGUGUACGUUAAAAAUGCAGCCACGAAGGGUGACAGCUACUCAUCGGCCCUCUACUCGGCAAAAGUAAAUCUACUCAGGGAAGAUACAGACACCGAAGAAACGCUUUCGCUCAUCAUUAAAACGCCUCAGAAGGGAAGAGUGGCUUCUUACUCGCUGGAUAAGGAUAUGUUCGUCCGAGAGCUUUAUCUGUACGAACAGCUCAUACCUGCGUUCGAGCAACUGUACCGCGACAAGGAAGUAUCGGUAAAGCUUGCCCCCCGUUACUAUAAACCUCGAGCCGGACUUCCGGAGGAUGUAAUUGUGCUCGAAGAUUUGACAUUGGGUGGAUUCCGUAAGGCUAACAGGCAGGAAGGUUUAGAUAAGGAUCACGUUGAGGCUGUACUCGAUCAUCUGGCCCGGUUCCAUGCUGCUUCCGCUGUUUAUUGUGAAUCUGCCGAUAGCCUUCCGAGCGUGCUAACCGUAUUGUCUGCAGACAGACAAAUGGCGUCCAAAACAGAUGCUAUGUUUGCACCCUCGCUGAACAGUCUGUUCAAGUACAUGAAGGAAUGGGAUUUUGCUGCCGAUUACGUCGAAGACCUUCAAACCGUUUCACGACAGAUCUACCAACUGCUUGUGGACACUUGGAGCUUGAACGUGGAAGGGUUCAAUGUGUUGAACCACGGGGACGCUUGGCUUUGCAAUAUCCUUUUUGCGUACGAAAACGAUACGGUACACCGUGUGGCCAUGGUGGACUACCAGUUUCCUACGUGGGGUUCACCCGUGUUCGAUCUGAUCCACUUUCUGUUCUCCUCCGUACGGGCGGAAUUGAAGCUUUCGAAGCAGGCCUACUUUUUGCGCUACUAUCAGGAACGGUUGGUGGACAAUUUGGUGCUGCUGGGAUACAGGAAACGCUUGCCAACACUGCAGCAGCUUCACGUCGAUUUUAACAAUCGUUUAAUUGCUGCCAUCAAAACUACCGUAAUUGAUCUGCCAUAUGUACUGGCUGAACCGAGCGAGGAUGCAUCGCAGGAAGCGGCCAUCGUGCAGACGGAGGCGGGACAAAAAUUCCAGAAGCUGCUGUUCGACAACGAGCGGUUGAGAGAGCAAAUGAAGCAACUGCUGCCAUAUUUCCGAUCGCGCGGAUUGCUGACGGUACUUGCAGCUUCUAGUAACCGAGACUUAACCGGCAUACUUGAAAUGGCCAACUUUGAGUGGAUCAACAGUGACCUGCUGACGGGGUUACUGAUUGAGCAGCAUGGAACCAGUUUUAAACGGCUCGUGUCGUACGAUGUAACCUUUGCCACCAAAAAGGGAGAUAAUUACGCGAGUGAAAUGUACCGGGUGGCGCUACAUUACGAAAUCGGUGUACCCGUGAAGAAGACUAUCAUUCUUAAGGUCAUGCCGUCGGGAGAGCUUCAGCAGCAGGUGAUGCAAGAGAACAACAUCUACCAAAGAGAGAUCGUGAUUUAUGGACAGAUAAUGGCCAAGAUCUAUAAGCUGUUAAGAUUGAUUGGCGAUUUUUCGAUUAUUUCGCCGAUUUGUUUGACCACCACCAACACUCCCAAACAGAUGCUCGUGUUUGAAGAUGCGCUUGAACAGGGAUUUCAAAUGGUUGAUCGUCGCUUUGGGUUAGAUUUGGAUCAUGCCCGUUUGGUAAUAGUGAAGCUUGCCAAACUGCACGCCUGCUCACGGAUCUUGUACGAAGAUGAUCCGGCACUGUUUGAGCUCACGAUGGAAGGAUGCAUUUCAGACGAUCCUAAGAAGCAAACGUUCCUUCCAUACUAUCGUCAUUGCGUUCGUCAGGUGAUGCGUUUGGUUGGGGAAUGGAACAAGGAUGAUCGAUGGGAGCCGAUACUGCGAAAGCUGGAAAAACUUCAGGACAAAAUCAUUCCCUAUGGGUGCGAUGUUUACCGGCGUCGGGAUGAUUGCUUUAACGUAUUAAAUCAUAACGACAUAUGGGUUAACAAUAUGAUGUUUUCGUACGGAGCAGAAACUGGUGUGAAAGAUGUGCUACUGCUCGAUUAUCAGCUGUCAUUUUUCGGAUCACCAGGGGUAGAUCUGAAUUUUUUCCUGUACGGUUCGCUACGCCCUGAAGUCCGCGCUGCACACUUAUCGGAUUUGAUACAGGUUGGUACAGGUUUUGUCUUGCACCUUUUUAUUUGA